ACAGCAGCGUGCUCUCAAGCCAGCAUUGAAGAGAAGUGCACGCGGAACAUUGACCCCGGCCCUGGCAGCCAGGGCAGUUCGGCCAAAGCGAUGAGGGAGGUGCUGGCCCCAUUAUGCCCACCGUGGAUGAUAUUCUGGAGCAGGUCGGCGAGUUUGGCCGGUUCCAGAAGCAAGCCUUCCUGACCCUAUGCCUGCUCUCAGCUGCCUUCGCCCCCAUCUACGUGGGCAUCGUCUUCCUGGCCUUCACCCCGGAUCACCGCUGCCUGAGCCCCGGGGUGGCCGAGCUGAGCCGGCGAUGCGGCUGGAGCCUGGCGGACGAGCUGAACUACACGGUGCCCGGCCCGGGGGCCAUGGGCGAGGCCUUCCCCCGCCAGUGCCGCGGCUACGAGGUGGACUGGAACCGGAGCGCCCUCAGCUGCGUGGACCCGCUGGCAGGCCUGGCCACCAACAGGAGCCACCUGCCGCUGGGGCCCUGUCGCCACGGCUGGGUGUACGACACACGGGGCUCGUCCAUCGUGACCGAGUUUAACCUGGUGUGUGACGACUCUUGGAAGGUGGACCUCUUUCAGUCCUGCGUGAACCUGGGCUUCUUCCUGGGCUCUCUGGGUGUCGGCUACAUUGCAGACAGGUUUGGCCGAAAAUUAUGUCUCUUGGCCACCAGCCUUAUCAGUGCCAUCUUGGGUGUCCUCAUGGCCGUGGCGCAAGACUACCUGUCUCUGCUGCUCUUCCGCCUGCUGCAGGGGCUGGUCAGCAAGGGCAGCUGGACGUCUGGCUAUGUCCUGAUCACAGAGUUCGUGGGCUUGGGCUACAGGCGAACGGUGGCGAUCCUCUACCAGAUGGCCUUCACGGUGGGGCUCCUGCUGCUCUCGGGGGUGGCCUACACCAUCCCUCACUGGAGGUGGCUCCAGCUGGCCAUCUCUCUGCCCACCUUCCUCUUCCUGCUCUACUACUGGUGUGUGCCCGAGUCUCCCCGGUGGCUGCUAUCACAGAAGAGAAACACUCAAGUGAUAAAGAUAAUGGACCAUAUCGCCCAAAAGAAUGGGAAAUCGCCUCUCGCUGAUCUAAAGAUGCUCUCUCUCGAAGAGGAUGUCACUGAAAAGCUGAGCCCCUCCUUUGCAGACCUGUUCCGCACGCCACACCUGAGGAAGCACACCUUUAUUCUGAUGUACCUGUGGUUCACCAGCUCCGUGCUCUAUCAGGGCCUCAUCAUGCACGUGGGCGCCACGGGGGGGAACCUCUACCUGGAUUUCUUUUACUCUGCUCUGGUUGAAUUCCCGGCGGCCUUCAUCAUCCUCGCCACCAUUGACCGCUGUGGCCUCAUCCGCCCCUUGGCUGCGUCGAAUCUGGUGGCGGGGGCAGCCUGCUUCGUCAUGAUCUUUAUUUCACAUGACAUCACCUGGCUUCUCUCCUCUCUCUGUUCUUGUUCUAGGAUAAGGUUAACAUUUGGAAAGCUGAAUCACAGAGAUAUCAUCUUUUUUGUUCUCUAUAUAUUUAUCAGGAACCUUGGAGUGAUGGUGUGUUCCUCCCUGUGUGAUCUGGGUGGAAUCAUCACCCCCUUCCUGGUCUUCAGGCUGAUGGAGGUCUGGCAAGGCUUGCCACUCAUUUUGUUUGCGGUGUUGGGCCUGGUUGCCGGGGGAAUGACGCUGCUUCUUCCCGAGACUGAAGGGGUCACCUUGCCAGAGACCAUCGAGGAUGCGGAGAACCUCGGGAGGAUAGCAAAGCCCAAAGAAAACAUGAUUUACCUUCAGAUCCAAACAUCAGAACGCACCGGCACCUGAGGGAGACGCUUCGCUGGGACUGAGUGGCAGAGAGGAAGAUGGGGUUUUCAUCUGAAGAAAAGCUUAGAAACCCUGAUUUCUCUGUGCUCUUCCUCAGACUUGCCUGCCCCUAAACCAGUAGCCUGAACACUAAAUGUGCUUUAUUUUCUUUCUUUAAAAUCUCCUAAAGCCCUGGCUAUCUUUUAUCUGCUUACCUUUCCUAGUGAGAGCUGUUGGUGGUUACCAGUUACUUAAUUACCUAAAGUAUUUGGAAGAUCCAAUAGAAUUUAAAUAUUGCUAUAAAAGAGGCCUCUGUCACCGGUUUCCUAGAGGAAGUGUUGUUUUAUUCACUUUCUGAAAGAAAAUGUCUUUGUAUCUGUAGUAUCUAUCUUGGCAAAAAUAUUUUAACAUUGUAGCCUUCUUGAAGGGCACUUGGUUUUCAAACAUGGUGGCACUUCCCGCAAACCAUACCCGAAUCACGUUGAAAGUGUCAUCGUCCUCUGAAGGCCAGAAGUACUGUAACCUUUUU